CAAUUUGUGAAAAUACUAAAAAGAAGUAAGGGUAGAAGUGUAAUUCAAAAGUAAUCCUGAUGCACUUUCCAAAAUUUCAACCAAUUAACUUAGCCUAGUGUCCGUGAAAGGGCAGCUUUUGCAGAUAUCUAUGAAUAUCCUCUCUCCUCUCUCACUCUGGAAGUUUGGUGGUGAUGCGUUGAACAACCUAUUCUUCAUGUUAACUUUGGCAGGAAAACACUCUCUCGGAUGCCAAACGGUGCUGAAACAAACCGAAUGAGAAAUUUCAUCACCGCCACUUCUUCUUCUUCUUCUUCCACCCACUCAUUCAUCAAUGGCAACCGUUUGUUUUCUUCUUCUUACUCUUCUUCUGUCGAUCUCGAAUGCCAAUUUUCUUGGCAAAGUCGAAGCAAAUGAAAAUACCCAAUUCUCGAACACAGUUCACACUUCCAACUCUUCCAGAAUAUUACCUAUUUCUUCAAAUUUCACUCUGGAAUCUGUAAGACCCAAUGCGAGCCUUCAUUGCACAACAAAUGGGUCUUUUGAGUAUUCACUGCCAAUUUCAACAAGUGGAAGAAGAACAAGCAUGGAAUUGGAUUCGAGCAGGGUUAUACUCAGAGGGAAUUCGACGAUCCUGAGCGAGAAUAAGACCUUCGAGCUCGGAUUUUUCAGUCUUAGUGGCGAAUCCAGUUGGUAUUUGGGAAUUCGCUACGCUUCGAUUUCGACCCCCACCUACGUUUGGUUCGCUAACAGAGAGAUACCCAUCAGAAAUCUCACUUCCUCGACCUUGGAAAUGACGGCGGCCGGACGAUUGGUGGUCAAGGAUUCCGGCGAUUCGGUCUUGUGGCAGAGCACGAACACUGAGAUCUCGUCGGACAUGAAGCUUUUGGAGAAUGGGAACCUGGUUCUGCUCACCCACGAAGGCACUGUCACGUGGCAGAGCUUCGACUACCCGACCGACACGUGGCUUCCCGGGAUGAACCUCACCAGCGACCGAGUCUUGACCUCCUGGAGCAGCUUCUCGGACCCUUCGCCGGGUUUUUAUUCCCUGCGGCUGAGACCACAGGACUACGGUGGGUUCGUGCUCGUCUUCAAUCUCACGAAGGCGUACUGGACCACCGGGAAUUGGACCGGCCAGGCUUUCGCGAAUGUCCCGGAGAUGUUGGUUCCGUACAUAUACAAGUUCCAUUUCAACGACCCGUUCAAGCCAACGGCGUCGUUUGGGUUCACUGAGAGACCGUUGGAGAGCGGGUUGGAUCCGCCGCUGACCCGGUUCCAGCUGGACUAUUCGGGGUACCUCCGGCAGUACACGUGGUCGAAACAGUCGGAGCACUGGGACAAGUUCUGGUCGCAGCCCGAUGAUCCUUGUCGGGUUUUCGGACUGUGCGGGAGAUUUGGGCUGUGCACCGGUGGGACAACAGACCAGCCCUGUGAGUGCCUCUCUGGUUUUCGGCCUGUCAACGAGUCCAAUUGGGAGUCACGGGAUUACUCCGAUGGCUGUCAGCGUUCCAAAGAUGUUUCUUGCAAUGAGAGCGAUGAUGGGUUCGAACAGGUUGGUUUUGUGGGCUUUGAUGGGGCUGAGAUUCAAUCUUUUACCUCAAACUGGCAUGGUUGUCAAAGGGCAUGCUUGAAGAAUUGCUCUUGUAUUGGUCUGUUUUACGAUGACAAGACUAAAUUGUGCAAUCAUAUAUCUGGGUAUCUCUUAAAUUUGCGAAAUCUGAGCUCUGAUACUAGUACAGGUGCAAACGUGUUGUAUAUGAGGGUACAAAGAGGAGGGAGUUUGAAGAAGCGUUUGAACCCUGUGAUCUUGACUGCUUGGGUUCUUGGGUCGGUUGUGGCUACGGGAUUUUUGGUGUUGGUAGGGUUGUUUUUGAUGAGGAAGAGGCAGAAGAAGGGAGUGGAAGAGGAAGGUGUUUUCUCCGUUAUGAAUUUGAAGGUGUUUUCUUACAAAGAGCUUCAUGGUUUGACAAGGGGUUUCUCGGAGAAACUUGGACAUGGUGGCUUUGGAACCGUCUUUCAAGGAGAGUUAUCUGAUUCUACUAUUGUCGCCGUGAAACGACUGGAGAGGCCUGGCGGCGGAGAGAAAGAGUUCCGAGCAGAGGUUUGCACGAUUGGGAACAUUCAACAUGUUAAUCUUGUGAGACUUAGAGGGUUCUGCUCGGAAAAUACUCAUAGACUUCUGGUGUAUGAUUAUAUGCCAAAUGGUCCUCUGAGUGUCUAUUUACGCCGAGAGGGUCCACGGUUGAGCUGGGAUAUUAGAUUCCGGGUGGCUAUUGGUACUGCAAGAGGCAUUGCAUAUUUACAUGAGGAAUGUCGAGAUUGUAUCAUCCAUUGUGAUAUCAAACCCGAAAACAUUUUGCUUGACAGUGAUUACACGGCAAAGGUCUCAGACUUCGGGUUGGCUAAGCUACUUGGCAGGGAUUAUAGUAGGGUGUUAGCCACAAUGAGAGGAACAUGGGGCUAUGUCGCACCAGAGUGGAUAUCCGGUGUUGAGAUCACCACGAAAGCAGAUGUUUAUAGCUAUGGAAUGACGAUGAUAGAACUAAUCGGGGGCCGCAGAAAUGUGGAGGCACCCCCAUCUGCUGGUGGCAGAGAUGAUGGAGGUGAAGCAGCAGAGAAGUGGUUCUUUCCCCCAUGGGCAGCGCAGCAGAUAAUCGAGGGCAAUGUGGCUGCAGUAAUCGAUGAUAGGCUUGGCAGCACAUACGAUGUGGAAGAAGCAAGGCGGGUUGCACUUGUAGCAGUGUGGUGCAUACAGGAUGAUGAGGCAACAAGGCCUACAAUGGGAAUGGUGGUGAAGAUGUUGGAAGGAGUGGUGGAAGUGGCUGUUCCUCCAGCACCAAAACUGUUGCAAGCUUUGGUUUCUGGAGAGUCAUUUCAUGGAGUUAAGGCCGAUUCCGGCAAUGGGGUUUCUUCUGGUAUUGUUAGCCACUUUUCCGGUUAUAAUGCCCGAGUAUCUAGUGGCAAUUCAGACUCAGAAUCAUGACUUGGUAAUGACUCUCACCAAGUGAAUGGGAAUGAUUACCAAGGAGAUUGAGUGAGCUUUUACUGAACAAACAGGGCUAGUUGCCUUGAAAUCCAGCAGUAUUUUUGUGAUCCUCUUCUGAAAGGAUUUCUUCUUGUUGCAAGUUGUAAAAAGGACAUUGUAAAGAGAUUUGGUCUUGGAAUAUUUUAUAGAUGCAAAGAGUUCGUCCAAGUGGGAAUUUUUGUCUUUGUAAAAAGAUAGAUUUUUGACCUCUUUAAAUCCGAUUACUAUACUUUUCUUC